UGCCAGCGUCUCUUUCUCAGCCGGCCAGCAGCGUGCUUCCACAUCCAUUUUUUUCACUUCAUUCUCUGAGUUGCUUAAACUUCUGCAAAAUGAGCUACAGAACAGCCGCGAGAUCGUCCCACAUCUCCAUGACCCGCUCUACACCCCAGUACAGUAGUAUCAGCAGCUAUGGUGGUGCUGGUGGAUAUGGCACUCGCAUCUCCUCUGCCUCGGCAUCUUCCCUGCGCUCGGCUGCCCCAAUGACCUCUUCUUCAUCUGCCUUCAAGGUGAGCAGUGGAAUGGGUGGAGGUAUGGGUUUUGGUGGUGCUGGUGCGUCCGCGGCAACUAGGGGUGGUGCGGGUGCUGGGAUCCUGGGCAAUGAGAAGGGAGCCAUGCAAAACCUCAACGACCGCCUGGCCAACUACCUGGACACAGUGAGGAACCUGGAGCAGGCCAACAAGGAGCUGGAGAUGAAGAUCAGGGAUGUCCUGGAGAAAGGUGGGCCCGACACGAGAGACUACAGCAAGUAUGAACCCAUCAUUGAAGACCUACGCCAGCAGAUCUUCGAUAAGAUUGGGGAGAAUUCUCGUUUUGUGCUCCAGAUCGACAAUGCCCGUCUUGCUGCCGACGACUUCAAAGUAAAAUUUGACAACGAGAUGGCAAUCCGCCAGUCUGUGGAGGCUGACAUUGCUGGCCUGAAGAAAGUCAUUGAUGACACCAACAUGAGCAGGAUGAACAUCGAGAGUGAGAUUGAAGCAGUGAGGGAGGAGCUUGCCUUCCUAAAGAAGAACCAUGAGAAUGAGGUGAUGGAGCUGAGGAGUCAGAUCACCAAUUCAGGCGUGCAAGUGGACGUAGACGCUCCUAAAGGUCAGGACCUGGCCCAGAUCAUGGAGGACAUGAGGGCCAACUACGAGAAGAUCACUGGGAAGAAUGUAGAGGACCUCAAAAAAUGGCAUGAAAAUCAGAUUGCAGAUACACAGGUGCAGGUAGCACAGAACACAGAAGCUCUCCAGGGAGCCCAAAUGGAGAAGAGUGACUCAGGCAGACAGAUACAGACCCUGGAAAUCGAACUUGCAUCCCAACAGAGCCUAAAAGCCUCCUUAGAGGAAACACUGCGCAACACAGAGCAACGAAACAACAUGGAAAUGGAGAAGUACAACGCCAUUCUUGUUCACCUGGAAGAGGAGCUCACCAACUUGCGUGCAAACAUCCAACAACAAACCCAGGAGUAUGAGGCACUCCUGAACAUGAAGAUGAAACUGGAGGCAGAGAUUGGCACAUACAAGACUCUCCUGGAUGGUGAAGACUUCAAGCUACAAGAUGCAGUAGAUGAGCUGGAGGCCAUGAGCUAAUUUGGAACAAAGGAUUUGGGACCAACCAUACAAGGAAAGCAAAGUAACCCACAACUUUCAAUCAAGGAAAAAAAGUUCCUGCUGACCCAAUCAACUGAAGCCAUUUUCAAACCAAGACCAAAUACCAUUUAAAACCGUAAUGAUGUAAGCAAUCCUGAAUGAAGGCACUCUUCCACACCACAGUGGACAGGCAGGGCUGUUUCAACAGCAACCAUUGCCUGCCACCAAAUAAAAGUGAAUAAAACUA